AUGAGCUCGAACGACCAGAAACCUAUUCUUUACGGCUAUUUCCGAUCCGGCACAUCUUGGCGUGCUCGUACUAUCCUUGCAUGGAAAGGCAUUGAAUAUGAAAACCGUUUCGUCGACUUGGCCCAACUAAAGAACAAUGAAGAUGAUUACAUCAAGGUGAAUCCUAGUCGACGCGUGCCAACCUAUAUCACUCCCGAUGGUCGUGCCUUGACCCAAUCCAUGGCCAUUCUUGAGUACAUUGAAGAGACCCAUCCUGAGAGACCACUCUAUCCCAAGGAUCCCUUCCAACGUGCACAGGUCCGAGAACUAUGCAACGAAGUGGCAUGUGAUAUCCACCCUAUUCAAAACAACAGCGUACAAGCCUAUGUUGCUGGUAAAGAUAUGGCCAAACGUGAAGAAUGGGCGCGUCAUUUUAUUGCACGUGGAUUCGAAGGCAUCGAAAAACGAUUGGAAAAAGAAGCUGGCAAGUUUGCUUAUGGUGACGAAAUCACUAUGGCGGAUGUGGUCCUUGUACCUCAAUACUACAAUGCCUUGCGUUUCAAGCUUGACAUGUCAGCGUUCCCAACUAUUGAACGUGUAUGCAAAAAUGCCAUGGCAGUCCCUGAAUUCAUCCAAAGUAGCCCCCAACAACAGCCUGAUUGUCCUCCAGAGUUCAAGCAAUAA